AUGGGCAAGCUCCCAACCCACCUGCCCAGGCCGACAAGCCUCCUCGCCCACCGACCCUCCCUCACAACCUCCUCCUGCUCCGGCGCCACAAUCUCCUCCGCCUCCUCACCGAGAAUAGGUCUCCCAACCCAACAAUCCCGUGCAGCAACCUUCAUUCCCCGCCCCCGCCGCCCUUACACCUUCACCCAGCUCAUCCAGCUCUCCGACGGAAGCACCUACACCGUCCGCACCACCUCCCCGAGCCCCCUCGUCCGCUCCGCAAAGGACUCCCGCAACCACGCCCUCUGGCAACCCUCUGACAAGUCCCUGAAGAACGUGGAAGUCGACGAGGCCGGAAAACUCGCGGCCUUCCGUGAGCGUUUCGGUCGCGGGUUCGAUUUGGCUGCCAAGAAGCCGACGGAGGAGGAGCUCAACGCCGCCGCUGCUGCGGCCGCAACUUCUUCUGCAAAGGGCGCUGGAAAGGACGCUGCUGCCAUAGGAAAGGAGACUGCUGGAAAGGACGCUGCUGCUGCCGCCCCGGCAAAGGAGACCGCGAAGCCUGCCCAGCCGGCUGCUACCCCCGAGGAGGACGACAUCUUCGACAUGGGCGAUUUGAUCAGCGGGUACGCCGCGAUGCAGCCGCAGCAGGCUGUCAAGGAGCCCCCCAAGAAGGUGGCGGCACCGGAGAAGGGCAAGAAGGGAAAGAAAUAA